AUGAUUUCCAGGCCCUUCCACCACCUAACCAUCCUCAUGGCAUCAGCCGGACCAGUCCUCUCAACCCUCGUGCCCCCAGGCUCCCAACAAGGAACCUACAUCGUAACCCUCACCCCAGAAGGCGAAGAACUCCACACCCGAGUCUCCGCCAUCCCCGACAUCCACGCCGUAGAAGAUAAACUCUCCCCAUUCUCCCAAGCCACACCACAACUUACACCACACCUCCCCCGCCGCGACGCAACAUCCUGGCCCUCCGACACCAAACCCCUCUGCUCCGACAGCCCCUGGAUCACCACCGCCGCCUUCAACUCCAACCCCAACGGCGCCCGCAACGCCUUUGCAGCGCAGUGCGCCGCCCUCAACGGCAAACGCCUCGGCUACCGCGAGAAAAUCUAUAGCCACUGGGGCGAUGCGGUGGCGUACAUGUGUUCGUAUGCCGGAAGCGGGGACGUGGGCAACGGGAGGGACGGCGGGAACCCGUGUGUCGUGCAGGAGUGGGUUGAUGCCGUCGAGUGGGCUGCCAGGGCCUGCGGGGGCAGGAAUGGGGAUGGGUAUAUGGAGUGUGCCUACCUCACAAUCCCUGGAUGGAAAAAGGCGUACGGAUACACGCACAUCAAUACUUCCUUCUGUUGA